UGUCAGAAUUUUAAAAAAUAUAGCUUUGGCGUGUAAGAAAUCAGCCUAGUCUCGUUUGUAUCGCUGUACAGCCUAUAGUGUAACGGUGCAGCUAACGAUUUGUAGCUGAUUAGGGAGGUCAGUGAUACCAUGUGGAAGUCACAUGAGCGACGAGGAUGAGGCAGAAACAACAAGGGGGCAGCUUGAGGAGUGAUCCGCUGCACAGUGACUGCAACAGGGAGGGUGUCUGCUGCUCGUAAAGGCCUUGCACAAGCAGCCCCCUGUGUCCCCUUAUCGCUUAACAUUUACAAUGAACAGUACUACUCAGUCCCCUGCCACCAUAGAUGGGAAUGUGGCUGUCAGCUAUGUGCUGGUGCCAUUUUUCCUCAUAACCUUUGCUGGGAUAAUUGCCGCUGUGAUAAUGUAUAUUCGCAGGAAAAGGAGAGUUGACAGACUGCGUCAUCAGCUAUUACCAGUGUACACGUACGAUCCUUCAGAGGAGAUUAAUGAAGCCGAACAAGAAAUGUUGUGGAAAGAAGAGGACACAAGGAUUGUACAAAGUUGGGCGUCAAGUUAUCAACAGCAACACCCUCUUCUGACCAAAGACGUCAAUGCAUGAUGUUGGUAAACCCUGACAUUGAGCACUGUGGGGUGUGACGACAAACCUGCAACCACAGAGAUCAGUAAUUUUUAUCGUGAUGUACAAACAAUCGUGUACAAUACUUCUUAGCUUUUAUUUGCUUCCUUUUACUGUCGUCUCUGAGCACAUCGGUGACGAUGAGCAUUUUCCUGUUCUCUUUUAUGUACACUUUGACGUUGAACUUCUGAUGCCGAUCCUGUGUGCCUAACAGUCUCAGUACCUUAAGAUUAUUUAUUUGAAAUUAUUUAUUUAAACUUGUUUUUAUUGAAAAAUUCAGUGACAUGACUCAAAGUUUCAAAGGUACAGCUACCUGUAGAUUUUUAAUCUGUUGUUUACAUUUGCUAUGUUGUUGUGGGCGACGUGUGGCAAGCUGUUAUGUUCCUGUGGGUUGCAGUGAGCAUUCGUACUAGCUGUGCUCUUCGUGGCAUGAAUGUGCUGUACCCUUUAAAAAUCAGCAGUCCUGCUGCGAGAGGAAUUGUGAUCAUUGCCUGCGCUGGUGAUUUUAAACGAGUUGUGUGCAAUGCAUUAGAAAAACAAAUCAUCCUCUGAUAAAAUGACUAGUGUAGCGUUCAACAGUUACAUUGUUGCAAAACUCUCAGAAAACCUCAUAUUGCUGAAAAAUAAAAUUAGCAGCUAAGAUCAAGCUGCUAAAUUUGAUUUCAGUUUCAUUUUCAGUGAAAUGAUUGAACAGCUCGCUUUAGUUUUACUUUGCUUAAAGAAUCUAAGUCAUGCCUGGAGCUUCACGUCUUUUUGUGGUUUAGCCAAAUCCUGUGACUCUUAUCAAUGGCAUGAAAAGCCAGAUAGUGGAAGUAAAUAACACCAAACUCUCAUCCCUAAAAUGAGCUCUGACUAGCUCUCAAAAUAUGUCCUGUCUACAAGGCAUGGCACCAACAAAUUUGCCUCCAGCUGAAGAAUCUGUUCAGAUGAAUGCCAUAAGUCUGACUGUUUUAAGCACUCAGGAAGUCUUGCUCUUUUUUUCUUUACAAGUCAUAACCUCCCCCGUUCCUUUUUUGCCUUGCAUUUGUGAAUGUAAACUAAGAACAAUUGAACUGUUUAACUGCCCUCAGAUGGGGGAAGCAUUACUCAGUCCAACAGCUAAUGUAUUGUACUGAGCAUGUAAUGCUCAAACAUGUCAUGUUAUCAGUUAUGACAUCUAAAAGUGUGGGCGGCAUGGUGGUGCAUAACAAGCAAGAAAGUUCUGGGUUUAAACCUUUCUGUGUGGCAUUUGUUUUCCCACUGUGCUUUAUCCACAGUGUCAGAAGAAAAUCCACACUCCAGGGCUGGCUCUGGGUGUGACUGCUGCUGGUUGUCUCAGCGCUAGUCCUUGCUUCCACCUGUCCAGGGAGUGCCCUACCUGUGGGUUGGGCUCCAGCCCCACCCUGACCCUCUACAGCUGUGGUUCUCAAAGUUUGGCUUACCAUUUGGUGGUCUGUCAUAGCGGUGCACAAAAAGAUGUGGGAGCAUUUCUAUUAAAUUGCAACACAUUUAGCUGUAGUUGUCAUAGAUGAAUGAAUCUUAUUAACACUGACAAAUAGACACCUCAGUAAUUGUUAAAGCCCAGAAAAACACACACACACACAAUAAAGCAAAUGCCAACAUGAACCACUAUUUGCUGAACAGGCACUUUAAAGUGUGGAUUUUUCCUGGGUAGUCCACUUACAUUGGCUCCCUAAACUUUGAGAACCCAGCUCUGCAAACUUGGGAUGGCCAACUAGUUAUUAUACCCAGAGGUGCUUAAGUAUCAGCCUAAUUGUGUUUCUAUUCUAUGCAUUAUCUAGUUUUUCAUCUUUUGUGAAGAAUUUUAUGAAAUGAGCCAUUCAUCUUUAAAAUUGUAUCCACUGUUGACUUAGGAGAUUUGCACAGGUGACACACCAGAGGGGUUCAACUA